UCAUAUUUUUUUCUAAAUAAUAUUUAGAAGCGUUUCAUAUAUUCCUUUAUACACAGUUUUCACUAAACAUUGUCAGCUGUCAGCAGAAUGACGUUUACGGCAACCCUAUUGCAUUGCUAUUCCGCACUCGUUUUGUUUACAUUUAUUUGUACUGUGGUCAGUUUGCAAAAAAUAUGCGAAAAUAUCAAGGACGACCAAAAAAACAUCCUGGUUUUAAUAAAAGAUCCAGAAUUCAGCGUAAACGUCGAGCUCAAGAAAAAAAAUAUGAAAUUAAAUUCCCGAGAUGUGGAAGAUUCCGAACAAGCGGAUGUUUUCGAAAGGUCAGAAAUUAUUGAUACAACUGCAUCUGUGUCAAAGGAGAAUCAUUGCCCGGAUGAUGAUUUUUUUUACAAAGUCCGGAAGUGAAAAAUUUGACUUUUCUACGCCAGAAGUUACAGCUAAUGUUCCUAAGACAAACCAGGCUUUCCUGAGUUCUGAUCUGGACAUUUCAGUUAUUGACUCUGACGUAGAAGGUAGAAAUACAAGCUCUCUUUUGGGCUUGGAGUCUGAGCCUCUUCAGGAGAACCUUAAUGAUGAAUUUCUGUGUCCUGAUUCACCUUUAAUUAUCGAAAGGGAAGAUCGACGAAAGGCAAAUCCAUUACCAUCUGGCAGAACAAUUUGCAAUAUGUCUUUUGUAAUAGUGCAGGCUAGGACAUUAGAGCAACAUUCCCUAAAUUGUAAAUUUGGAGGAUCAUUUAUUUUUAACAAAGUGAUUCGACGUGGUCUUGUCACUACAUAUAACUAUGUAUGUGAUAAAAUUUUAUGUGGGGAAAUGGCAACAAUUUGUUCUGAUAUGGAGAAAAGCAGCCUAAAUCAGCUUGCAGUAUUAGGUGCGUUAUCUACUGGCAGUGGAUUUUCACAAGAGGAGGAAAAGUUUAGCAUCAUGGAAAUUCCGUAUAUGAGCAACUCGACCUUUGCUUCUUGUGAGCGAACUACUGGCAAAAUAAUACAGGGAUGUGCACAGGAAACUAUGUGUGCUGCUAUAGAAGAGGAGAAAAGGCAGGCAGAACUUCGCAAUGAUAAAGAUAAUGAUGGUUAUCACUGUAUAACUGUCAUUGUUGAUGGAGGAGGUUGGUGUAAAAGAAGCUAUGGGCAUGGUUACAAUGCUUCAAGUGGCAUAUCUGUUAUUAUAGGCAUGGUCACCCAGAAAAUUUUGUUUGUUGGAAUUCGCAACAAAGUGUGCCUUAUAUGCAGUGCUAUUGAAGAUGGCAAGAUGCCAAAUAAAGUGCACCUUUGUUGGCGAAAUUGGAAUGGGCCUUCUACAGGUAUGGAAAGCAGUGCCAUUGUGGAAGGUCUGAAUUAUCUCCAGUGUGUUCACAAAAUACGUUGUACUCGACUUGUUGGAGAUGGAGAUGCUAACACAAUGGCCAAAGUGAAAGAAAGAAAGCGUUUCAUAUGGAGGACGGGUGAUCAAAAAGUAGAAUGUGCUAACCAUGCUGUUCGAAGAUAUCGCAGAGCUCUUGAGAAACUUCAGCAAAAUACUGCGCGCUUCCCCGGGGCUAAAGGAAUUGCUGCCCGUAAAUUGUAA